GCUAGACAGGCAGGCACCCACCGUCUAGGUAAGGUAGGUUCGUUCAACUUUUUUCUCGCUUCAGGCCCGGGCCUUUUCCGAUCUCGAGGUUUCCCCACAAUCGGAUCUGCCGCCUAGGUUGCCUUUUUUCCUCCUCAAAGGCGCCCUCCUCUGCCAAUUCUUGGCAUCAGACUCUUCCUUCUCGGCCAAUCUGCAUCUGCCAUUUUUUCUUCUUUUUCUUUCUUUUUUUUCCACUCUACCUUGCCAUUUUGCGCAAUCAUAAUAAAAGAGUUGGGCGCGAUCUUCGAUUUCAAUACCAUGGCUGUGAAGGCGUUUGCGUUCGGCACCGACCUGUGGGAUCCGUCGCAUCGGUUCGAGACGUCAUGGUUGAUUUCGCCAUGGCUACUAUUCUUCUUUCGGGCGCUUUUUUCUCUAUAUAUUCUCACAGCCAUCGUCAUCAUCCUAGCUUGGCAGUGCGUCAACGACGUGACGCACUGCGCAGCGUCUCGAGAUGAGUUCAGCUAUUUCACAUCGCUCACCUACUGGGGCUUGGGGUUCUACUUCCUGGCAGCGUCUGCACAUACCUUCACGUACGCACGGUCCGGGGCCCCCUUACUCGACCGGUUCCCGCGACCUCUCCAGGCUCUGCACUCGGCCUACUACACGUCCGUAGUUGUCUACCCGUUCGUCGUGACGAUUGUGUUCUGGGCCCGCCUGUACUCGGGCCACUGGUUCCCGGUCGUCUUCGACGGCUGGAGCAACGUGUCGCAGCACGCCAUGAACAGCGUGUUCGCCCUGUUCGAGCUCGUGGUCGCCCGCACCAACCCGCCGCCGGCCGUCCAUAUGCUCUGGCUCAUUCUCGUGCUCGCCCUCUACCUAGCCCUCGCCUAUCUCACGCACGCCACCAAAGGCUUCUACCCGUACGACUUCCUAGACCCAGCCAAGGAGCACGGCUUCGUCGCCGUCUACGUGUUUGGCAUCGCCAUUGGUUCACUUAUCAUCUUCGGCGUCGCCUGGGGUCUCAUUUGGUUGCGCAAGCAUGUCACGGAGGUCAAUCUGGGCAGGGAGGGCAAAUUCGCACGGCAGCCACAGGGGACCAGGGGCAACCGGAUCGGCGAGGAGGAUGUGGAGAUGUCGGGGUCAAAGAAUCGGUAAAAACACUUGGCCCGUGACGAACCGUUUGCGGCUUACUCUCUCUCUUUAUAUCUUGCCUCUGGUUUCUCGUCCUUUUGUAUUUCGGCGCCAGCUAGAUACCCUGACUUGCAUUUAUGUUAUACUGGAAUCAUCGGAGUUAUGUGUUUUGUUAUCUUUUCGCAGACGUCAACCGACGGGCCGAACGCAAAGGUCAUGUCUGAUCAAGAUAGCGUCAUAUUGUCAAUGUUGUUCUUGUUGUU